AGUCUUAACACAGUUCAUAUGGUGAAGAUACUCAACAAGACACAGGCAAUGCAUUUCGUAAUCUGUUUAACAAGACACGUAAAUGCAAAAUGUACGUUUCUAUGUAUUUGGAUAUUCAAUAUCAUCAUCCGUCUAUUGUAAACAAGUUGGAGCACGUGGUGUGGUCAUUGAGAGAGAGGAGAAUUGAAUAAUGGCGAAAAGUAUUCGCUCAAAAAGCAAGCGAAAAUUACGUGCUGCAAAGCGAGAAAAGAUUGUUGCUAAAGAUAGAUUAAAACUGCUUGCAAUUCAAGAGCAACAGGAAGGAAUAAAAAUGAUGGAAGAUAGCAGCGAAAAGAAAAAUAUUCAAGAUAGAUAUGAAUGCAAUUCAGAGGGCAUUGAAAGCAUGGAUACUGGAAAUGAAACUCAGCAAAACACUAUGGUAUUGAAAAAGAAACUGAAGAAAACAUCAAGGUCAAAGUCAGGAAAGAGCAUCAAAAGAUUAAAUAGGAAGAAAAAGAAAAACAAAUACAAGUGGUAAAAUAUUGAACACAGUUUAACAAAUAUUCCUAAAUAGCUUGAAAAGGAGUGAUACUAUAAAAUAAUAUAGAAGUGCUGUACCAAUGUUUGUAAUACUGAAUAGUAAAGAGAAUCUAUAUUGAAA